AUGUUUGAUGUCACAGCUCGGUUAACAUACAAGAAUGUCCCUACAUGGCAUCGUGAUCUUUGUCGGGUUUGUGAAAACAUCCCAAUUGUUCUUUGCGGGAACAAGGUCGAUGUGAAGAACAGGCAGGUGAAAGCAAAACAGGUUACUUUCCACAGGAAAAAGAAUUUGCAGUAUUAUGAAAUAUCAGCAAAGAGUAACUACAACUUUGAGAAGCCUUUUCUUUACCUUGCCAGGAAACUUUCAGGGGAUCCUAACUUGCACUUUGUGGAAUCUCCUGCUCUUGCUCCACCAGAAGUGCAGAUUGAUUUGGCUGCACAGCAGCAGCAUGAGGCAGAGCUUGCUGCAGCUGCCAGUCAACCCCUUCCUGAUGACGAUGAGUCAUUUGAUUAA